AUGGCCAUAGAUGAAAGUGAAACUAACAAUGAUGAUACCUUACUUCCAAAGUCCUCAACAAAGCCUGCGAAAACACCAACUCAGCAUGCCGUCCGGAAAACCUUCAAAGCCUCAGCCCAUCUAGCCAAUCUCCUCCCGACGGGCUCUGUCCUAACCUUCCAAGUCCUCUCUCCGGUCAUCACCCGCCAAGGGAAAUGUAUAUCCUUAACAAACCAGAUUUUUACGGCUGCCCUUCUUGGAAUCUGCGCAGCUUCGUGUUUCUUACUAUGUUUAUCCGACAGUUUUCGUGAUCGCGGUGGAAAGGUACGUCAUGGGUUUGCGACGUUACGUGGGAUAUGGGUAAUUGAUAGCCCUGAUGGCGGAUUGUCGCCGGAGGAGGCCUAUAAGUAUAGGCUUAGGUUUGUGGAUUUGUUUCAUGCUUUGUUGGCGAUUAUGGUGUUUGCCGGUGUGGCUUUGUUUGAUCAGAAUGUUGUGAAGUGUUUCUGUCCGGAACCAUCGGAUGAGACGAGAAAGAUGUUGUCGAAAUUGCCGAUUGGGAUUGCUGUGGUUUGUAGUUUGCUUGUUGUUGUUUUUCCUUCAAAGAGACAUGGAAUUGGCUUUCCUUUGUCCCGCCGUUAG